UACGCAAGUCAUUUCGGCAUCAAAGUGACUCCGGCAUUUGGAAAUUGAUUUGUUUGUCGUUUCAGAGGCAGUUUAAAAAGUAAGCCACAACUAUAGUCAUGUUUCUAACACGCUCUGAGUACGAUCGUGGUGUAAACACCUUCUCUCCCGAGGGCCGCCUCUUUCAAGUCGAGUAUGCCAUUGAGGCUAUCAAAUUGGGCUCCACUGCCAUUGGCAUUUGCACAAAAGACAGCGUUGUAUUGGCCGUUGAGAAGCGCAUCACUUCGCCAAUGAUGGUGCCGAAGACCGUGGAAAAGAUUGUUAAGGUUGAUGACCACAUUGGCUGCGCCACAUCUGGACUAAUGGCCGAUGCGCGCACCUUGAUCGAACGAGCACGCGUCGAAUGCCAGAAUCAUUGGUUCGUGUACAAUGAAGCGAUGACUGUGGAAUCGUGCGCCCAGGCAGUGUCCACAUUGGCCAUACAGUUCGGUGACAGUGGCGACGGUGAUGGAGCCUCCGCAAUGAGUCGUCCAUUUGGUGUGGCCAUACUCUUCGCUGGCAUCGAGAACGGCGAGCCCCAGCUCUGGCACAUGGAUCCCUCCGGUACAUACAUACGCUACAGCGCCAAGGCGAUUGGCUCCGGCAGCGAGGGCGCCCAACAGAAUCUGCAGGACAAAUACACGCCAGAGAUGACACUGAACGAUGCCAUCACCCUGUGCUUAAACACCCUGAAACAGGUCAUGGAGGAGAAGCUUAACGAGACCAAUGUCGAGCUAAUGACCAUGACAACAACAAAAACAGAUUUCACUAUGAUGGCCGAGGAUGAAGUGAAGCGGCUUAUUGAAAAUCUGGCCUAAUUGCAUUUGCAACUGCAUUAUUUUAUACACACUGCAACAUUUUGGUUAUCAGACUAUUUGUGAAUAAAGGGAUUCUAAAUCGAUUCACUUCCGCAU